AUGGCCACUCGAGCUCAAGACCAAGAGCUUGUGGCAAAAGCUGCAGACAAGUACGGCUUCACUACCCGAGACUUGGAGAGAUUAGGUGAGAUGGACUGGAGUCAAGAUCAUAAGAUUGUGCCUGCUUUUGGUUGGCAUCCAUGGUUCUCGUAUCAGAUGUACGAUGAGGCUGACUUUGACGGUGCACUGUCGGUGUCGCGAGAACAGAAAGUAGAACACUAUUUUAAAGUGCUCACACCAUACCCUGGCACAGACGAUCGCAAAUUCCUGCUCUCACUGCCGGAGCCACUGCCCUUUAACAAUUUCCUUGCCCGGACGAAAGAGCAUCUUUCCCGCUAUCCUCUCGCUUUGAUCGGUGAAAUCGGGCUGGACAAGUCGUUCAGGAUCCCUGAAGACGGAACGACAGAACACGAUCAGCAACGAGAUGUUAAUCUUACACCAGGAGGCCGCGAAGGACGGCAACUGAGCCGAUUUCGCGUUAGCAUGAACCAACAACGCAAAGUCCUGCUAGCUCAACUACGAUUAGCUGGCGAGCUGCGCAGAGCAGCCUCUGUACACGGUGUUGCUGCUCAUGGCGUGUUGUAUGAGACCUUAGCGGAGACUUGGAAAGGUCACGAGAAGCAUACCCCUUCGAAGCGGGAGAGACGAAAGGCCGAAGCUGCUGGGAAUACUGAAAGUAUGCAACAAGACGAACAAGAGCUUGCUGCUGAAUCAUCAGGACCGUUGCCAUAUCCUCCACGGAUCUGCCUCCAUUCCUUUUCCGGCCAAGCAGAGACUGUGAAACAGUACAUCGCUCCCGCCAUUCCCUGUGAGGUCUUCUUCAGCUUCAGUACUACCAUCAACUCAUGGAUCGAAGACUCCAGCGGCCAAGCCGGCAAAAGUGGCAAAGUCGAAGCCGCGGUCCGAGCUGUUCCAGAUGAUAGGAUCUUGAUCGAAAGUGAUUUACAUUCUGCUGGGCCUCACAUGGAUCAAUAUCUUGCCGAGAUCGUGCGGAAGAUCUGCGAAGUGAAGGGGUGGCAAAUCGAUGAGGGUGUCAGGAUGUUAGGGAGGAACUGGAAGAGAGAUGGCUCUACAAGACCCACAGAAAACGAUACACCAGACACAGUGCCCAGCGCGGGAGACUACAAGAACAUGAACGGCUCCUAUGCUACUGGUAGCGGUGAUGGCACAGCACGAAAUUCCAUUGAUCCUCGGCUUCUGACAUACGACUCCCUGAGUGAGAGACAAGCUACCCCAGGACAGCGACGGAGCAGCAAGGGCACAUCUACCGAGCGAAAUCAAAUUCUCUCCAACAAUUCCUCGAUGACAACCCUUGUUGACAGCACCAUUCAUGUAUCCCUCCCGCGGACAUCACUGCAACCUGUUUCCUGCUGGCCCAUUGACGACCUCUUUGGUCCGCGGACAGGCUCUGUGCCAAUUACAGGCACUCGACCUGCCAUCACCCAGUUGAUGAAGGACAAAUCGAUAAACAACCUCUACAUCCAACCAAUCACUUCAAGAUCUAUUCAAGAAGCGGUCACGAUCUCGCAUCAUCAUCUUCGACGACUGACCAUAUUCCCAAGCAUCGAAGAAUUGCGCUUCACUUUUGACCUGCCGGAAGACAUCAGCAAUCCGUUUGGUAUCAACUCUGACGAAUAUCUUCGUUCCCGAACACACGCUGAAGUCGACUUUCCAUUCAUUAGCUUCGACAUGAGUAAGGCACUCGCAGCUCUGAAGAAGUUAGCGACGUGUCAUGAUCAGAAGACUCUGAUGGACCUUGGUAUUGAACAGCACUCCUCUUUCCGGGUUGGCGUCAUUACUUCUGUCCCUGGCGGGGGAUAUAAGGUCGAACUCUUCGACUCUGGUGAGACAAUUCAGCACACGGUGACGAUCUGGCUAUACCGGGCUUGUUCGAUGGGGGAGGAGGGUAUGGUUCAGGAAGUCUGGCGUCCAUUGAGCGAUGGCACUUUUGUAGCUCCGACCAUCGACGCUCAGAGUGUCAUACCGACAGUACCUAGCAAGACGAGGACAGCUGAUGCGACUAGGGACGACGUAAGCCUGCGUGUCGAUUCAGCUUCACCAUCGGCAAUUGAGACGACGCUGAGACAGCCCAACAAACGUGCUCGCCAAAUUGCGACCUACCCAACGGACAAACCCUCUGACUAUCUCUGGACCAUCUGCCCCGAAGAAGUCUCCGGUAACGCCAUCCUCAACCUCGCACGCUUCUACAGCAACACAGAGAUCUUCGAAAAUUUGAACUACAAUCUCAGUGCGCAGCGGAAGAAGCUCAUCGUGGAUGUUAACGUAAUUACCAGGAGGAUCACGAAUGCUAUUAGCACUACGGCAUCCUCGAACCAAGGGCUCACAAAAGCAGGUAUCAGAGCGGAUCUGAACUCCGCAAGAAAGGACAAUGGGGUCAUAGCUAGGAUGGAAGCAAAAACGAAGGUCAAGAAGGCUUACAAUAAGAUGGCUAGGGAGAUGGUUGGUGCAUUCGGUGAGACUGAUCAGGUGAUGGGUGAAGUGGAGGAUGACUUCAGCGGUUGA